AGCCUCACGUAGUUGACUGACACAGGAGGAUAUGUCGUACAUAGCGCUAUAUACAUGUGUAUACAAUGAUGAAUGACUGGUGAAUUUGUGCUACUUACCAUGUUCAUAUGCAGUAGCAGAAACACAAUCCCCGGAUGCUACUCAUUGUCCAACAUUCCCAUUUGAUAUAGAAGUCGGAUCAGGGAGAAACUCAUCGCUGAGAUAGAUAACUUGGAAUCAAUCAUCAUCUGCGACAACUUUGAUGGACAGCUGCCACCAGCACAACAUGAAGUGAUCCUGUUACGAUUCAUGUAGUGAGAUCGAAUGGCGAUUCCAAGCCCUAAGAAUGAGGAGGCUACUAUAUGAACUGCCCAUCUUGAUGCUAGUCAUAGCAUCAGCAGCUAAACCAACGGAAAUCAACGAGCUCCCGGAGAGCACUGCUAAGCAGUCAGCACUGUGGUUCCCUGACACAGACAAUAGAAGAGGGAAUACCACGAAGGUUGUAUCGAGCAGUCAGUCGGCGGAGCGUUUCUACAAUUCUGUGAUUGAAGCGUUGGAGAAGAUUAAUGUCCUGCCCCAUUCGUGUAUAAAAUUUGAGAAAAUUACACGUGAAGUGUUGCAUGUGGAUGAAACGGCGAAUGUUCGCACCAUUGGAGUUUAUCUUUAUUUCCAGGAGAGUUCCCAGUGGGGAGAUAAUUUAGAUGAUAGUGUGAAAAGUUCAAGAGAGUUAUCUCCCGAUUCAAAUUUGGAUAAUUCACUUAAGGAGCAGAGUGGUUCCCAACAUAAAGUGCGGUGUCAUUCGGGAAUCUAAAGUUGUGAUGAUGGAUUCUCAUUCGCUCCUGAGGCAGCAGGAUGUUGCGAAUGCGUCCCGCAGUGCAUCGGGAUCGGAAUAUAAUAACACCGUCGCCAGCGUCAUCGUUGGCGCCCAUAGUAACAGCGACUCUGAGAAUGCAGAGGGAGCAAUUACAGGCAUCAGUCGGACACAGCUGGUUGUGAUAUCCACAUGCUCUGCCAUUAUUGGCACCUUCUUCCUAAUUGCAGGCAUCCUGCGAGUGAGGAACUACUACAAGCGGUACCGCCAGCAACAGAGACAGGCAAGUCGACCAACAUUCCGUAGCUGUAGUGUUGCCUUGCGUAACUCAACCCCUUCCAACGAGCAGAUCCACCGGGAUUCCCUCCUCAGUAAAUCCAGCUCAAUCCAGAGCAACUUCACAGGCAGAGGCACAGGUACCCAGUAUCCUGCCAGCCAGUCAUCUCAUGAUAAUUCCAGAAAUAAUUCUCCAAAAGCUUAUGCUGAUAAAACUCCAUUGCUUGUGGUGACAUCCCCAUCUGAUACAACUAACGCCUCUACACCGACGGUGUCCCAAGCAUCGCUGCAGAGUCCUGAAGACCAACCUUCAAAGAGAAAGAAUAUGAAAACACCCAUUACCAACGAAGAUGACAAGGAGAACAGUCCCCUAUUGGUGAACAGUGACGACAAUCACAUUGACAUUGGACAAAUAUCCGAUGAAGGAUAUAUUGAAACAAUACUGAAUAACAAAGGCCCAAUAGACAAACAAACACCAAUGGUAAAUGGUGACAGUGAAAGACCCAAAGAUGUCCCUGUAAAUGAUUCUUGUCCAAAUGUUAAAGAAGUUAGUAACGCACCCAACACCGAAAGGGAGAUAACUCGUGACGGCCUCGUCAACAAUGCACCUAAAUCAUCAACUUCCGAUGGACAGACAGGGCCUGUCCAAUCACCUGAACUUUCCCCAGGAACCAAUGAAGCCACUAUGCUUAUCCCAUUAGAUCCAACCACCAAUGAAAAUGCUGGAUUUGAAGCAUCCAACUUUGGUUUGACCCAAUCAGAUUCCAGUUUGUCAUCAUCCAAUCCGGCAUACGCUUAUGGAAACCAAACCGAGUAUUCCAACGGCCUCAGCCAUUUCGAAGAAAUUAUGAUUCACGGACAGGUUUUCAAUGAUACCUCUCACAGAAAUCCCCGUUUGAAUCCCGUUCAAAUGCCAUCCCUUCGCAGUUUUUCAGAAAAUUCAUUUGAUUACGGAAGUGGCGUGAACACUAACAGAGUAGCGGCAUCAGCGGGCGCCCAAGCGGCUUCGUCAAGGGGAGAUCACCCUGCUACCAUGAUGAGAAGCAUGUCGCUAGCAGACGCCUCACCGAAGGGAAGGAAGGAAAGACGACUGAUGAAAACUAACUCCGUCGUUGGAGAAGUCGCAUCGGAUCUUCCAGUCCACGGACACCUAAGUGGCCCCAUACCUUCAGAACAAUCGGAAAACUGUGUUUCUCCAGCCCCUGCUCAACAGAAAAUGUCGGCUCAAGCAAAGCGUGAGCUAUUUGGUUGUGGACAAGACACAAAUAUUCAAUCGAGUGGUGAAUUAUCUCGAGAAACAUCAACCGAGGUCACUCCGCCAGCCACCAUCACCAAACUCUUGUCAGAGGAGAAAACAACGUUUUUGUGACAUUAUUUUUCUAUUCUUCGUCAUUUGUUACUGUUUUCAUGGUUUUAGAGAAUGUCUUGAGAGAUGAGGAUGAGAUACGUUAGUGGGAAUUCUUCUCAAGGGUGAACCGUAGAUUGCUGUAUAUACUUUCGCAGAGAAUCGUUAUUUGAAAUCUCAGUGUGAAUCAGGAUUGUGGGUUUUACAUUACUUAUCAUCUGUGUAGGUUGUGAUAGAGGAAGAAAAGCAGACCGAAUGUAACGUGACAAGGUUCGCCAGAUCGUCUUUGACGAGUUGCCUCCCUUUGGCGUGCCAGGCACCGAGUAUCGUGGGUUCAAAGCCCAGAUCUAUCCUGAUGAUGUUUCUUGGUUUGUCAGUACCAUACUCGUCGUUAAUGA